AUGGUCAAGUUGUCCAUUGCUGCCGCCGUCCUUUCGGCCACUGGUGCCUUUGCCGGCCCUCUAACUGGUCGCUUCGGCUGUGGUGCUCCUGAGCCCUCCGAGGAGCUCUUGGCCGCCGCCUCGAGCAUGGCCGUUGCCGAAGCCGAGAUGGCCGCCAGCGGUAGCAUGUCCAUCCAAGCCACCAUCGAGGUCGACGUGUACUUCCACGUCGUCUCGGCCGGCAGCUCCCUCAGCCAAGGUAAUGUUCCUGACAGCCAGCUCGCCCAGCAGCUCGUCGUCAUGAACAACGCCUAUGCCCCCUACGGCAUCCACUUCAACCUCCGUGGCACCGACCGCACUGUCAACUCCGCCUGGGCCCGCGACGGCGAUGAGAUUGCCAUGAAGCGCGCUCUUCGCAAGGGUACUUACUCGGCCCUCAACCUCUACUUCCAGCAGAACCUCGGCGGCGGCACCCUCGGUUACUGCUAUUUCCCCACCACCGUCAGUUCCGGAAGCACCGCCUACAUCCAGGACGGCUGCAGCAUCCUGUACAGCACCGUCCCCGGUGGCACUUCCACCGGCUUCGACCUCGGUCAAACCGUCACCCACGAGGUCGGCCACUGGUUCGGUCUCUUCCAUACCUUCCAGGGCGGCUGCACCGGCACCGGCGACUCCGUCGCUGACACCCCGGCCCAGUCCUCUCCCUCCUCCGGCUGCCCCGUCGGCCGCGAUUCGUGCCCCAACCAGGCUGGCGUCGAUCCCAUCCACAACUACAUGGACUACUCCGACGAUGCUUGCUACACUGAGUUCAGCGCUGGCCAGGCAACCCGCAUGGCUUCCAUGUGGAACACCUACCGCGCCGGUAAAUAA